AUGACCGUCCCGACAGCCACACUCCGAUUAUCCUACCCCCUCUACGCCCUUGACUUCGACCCAACGUCCCGCGACGCUAAGAGGCUCGUCGUCGCUGGCGGCGGCGGCUCGUCGACCAAAAGUGGCAUCGGGAACAAGCUUACUGUCUUGGCUCUCGAUGACGAGGCAAAGGAAAUCCAGAUCUCAGCUGAGAUCGACCUUAGCCGGGAAGAGGAUGCGGUCAGCUCGCUUGCUGUCGAGUCACGGCCUGUUAAGGGCAAGGAUGGAAAGGGGGAGAUUGUCAGGAUAUAUGCGGGCGUAAAUUCUAGCUUGGAAAGCAUCAAGAAGGGCAAGAACGAGCAUUUGAGGGUUUUUGAUGCUACGCUCAGCCACAAGACAGCUUCUUCGUCUGACGAGAAAGAUAGCGAGAAAAAGCAAUUCCAAGGGAAGAUCACCGAGUCCUCUCGCACCACCCUAUUCUCGGCCCGCGACCCCGAUGCCUACCAACGCCUCCUGCGCAUCUCCCCUCCCCUUGCGGCCGCCGCAACAGGAACAACGGGUCCCUCCUCCCGUGACUCUCAAAUCGCCCUCUUCGACUUGCCCUCACCCACUCAAAUAAACCCCAAUCUCCGCGGCACCCUCGAGCUCGCCAAGGAAGCCACAGACAUGGACAUGCUUCGCGUCUCCGACUCCCAACACCGCCUGGUCUAUGUUGAUGAGCGGGAUAUGUACCUCGUUGCCAUCUCCGAGGAUGGCCACGUCUCUAGCCCGCGGUGCGUCUUCUCCAUGCCUAUCGACACCGCGGCGGGCCAAACCGUCCGACCCACCUUCCGGUGCGUGAGGUUCUUGACCGAGACGUUUGUCCUAGCGGUUGCGAACUUGCCGCGAGGCGGGGGAGCCAUCCUGCAGGGGUUCAGGUUGCCGACGAAUCUCUCUGCUGCGGCGGGGGAGAAUGAAGGGGAGGCUAAGGCCAGGUUAGCUAUCUCGGCAAAACUGCCGAAGCAUGUGGCUAGGGCGACGAACCUUGCUGUGAGGGGCUUGACGCCUUCGAAGGGGAAGGUGGGGGAUGCACAGUUUGUGGUGGCUGUAUCGGGGCAGGAUAGUUCUGUGCUGGUAUAUACCCUUGAGCACACGACGCUGGUCCAGGCGGAUGUGUGUCUUGUAAGCCAGUUGAGGAGGGUUGUCGACUGGAGGGAGGUCCAUCAGGGGCCCAUUUCGGGACUGGCGUUCUCGUACAUUGCCCCUCCCUCUGAGAAAGAGGAAGAGGAGACACCGGUCCUAAGACUUGCUUCGAUCGGAUCGAUGGGCAACACCGUCGUGGUUCAUACUCUGCCUCUCAGGCCGCACCCUUCAUCCAAGCCGAAGCAGAAGCGAUACAUCCUCGGCCUGCGCUCCAGCCCCGUCAUCGCCCCCACGCAGAUGAUUGUUGUAACAGCCAUUGUCUUUGCCCUCUUGGCUCUCUUCCUUCAAGGCGCAAUGGAAGUCAAAGGCCUGACACGCCCGGUCCUCGGCGCAAGACAAGUUGUACCAGAAAGUUGGCUAGGCCGCGAAGUCUGGCGCGAGAUCGAGCAGCAUCAAAAGGGCAAGAGGUAUUACAAGGGGGACAGUCUCUGGGACAGGUAUCAGGCUGCGGUGGAGUACCAGCGCGAUCACGGUCAGAACGCUGUCGUCUUGAAGGCAGGCGGCAAAGAAAGUGAUGAAGAGGGGGUUGACAUCGACGUUGUCACAAGCGGUACUGCUGAGGGCGAGUCCACGGGUAAGCAGUGGGAUGAGCUGGCACCGGCGCAGCGCGAGGCCUGGAAGGAGAGGCUCAAGCGGGCGGGUCAGUGGAGCGAGGAGAUGGGCGAGGCGGUGUUGAAGGGGGUUUUGUUUGGGGAGAUUGCGGGUGUUGUUAGAGGGUUGGUGAGGUAA